AGAUUUCUUUGGUGUUUUUGGUUAAAUAAUGUAUGAAUGAAUAUACAUUGUAGUUAAUAUAUAUGUAGAUGUUUUCUUGCGAUAAACCACGUAUGAAGAUGAUACAGGAUGAUACAGAGUGAUACAGUGAUAUUGCAGUGAAGUGAAUGCCUAAUUUCCAGUAGAGUUUAGUAUUGUGCUUGUUCUGUUUAAAUAAUUAUAGACUUCUGUAAUUAAAAGAUAUAAGUUGAAUGUCUUUUCUAUAUUUCAAUCAUUGAUUUAAUGUAAAAACGUUAUACAUAUAAAUUGCGUUUUAUAUUUUUUUUGAUUGCUGUACUUAUUAAAAAGUUGAGAUAUUUUGAAGUAAUAAUAUUAUUUAAUUUUAAUUUAAAAAACAAUUCAUACAAAAUGAUUCUGUCUAUUAAACAAAGUUUUUUUUUAUUAAGUUUUUGUUUUAUAUUUAUGCAUACAAGUACAGCACUUAACAAAUACUCUGCUGAAGCAAAUAACCCUAAAGUUGAAGAUAUUUUGGAAUAUCCCAUAUCAUUACGAGAAUUAGAUAAACCAUUUCGAAUGUCGAAAUUAAAUAUACUUUGGGUAAAAGCAAGAAACCGUUUGACAGAUCCUAAAUUACAAUCGCUGUUUAGUGAUUUAAAAAUCCAUGAUAAAGAAGAAUUAGCAUUUAAACAUUAUAAGUCUGAAGAGAAGGAUUCAGAUGGUUUAGAAGAAGCAAGAUUAAGAAAGAAAUUAAUUGGUAUUAUGAGUACAUAUGAUUUGUUAGAACAUUUCACUGAUACAGAAGAUCCAAUGUUACUUAAAAGAUAUAAAGCACUUAAUGAUGGUAGCAAUUAUGUUGCUAAGGAUGUGUUUAAAGAUUCGAAAUUGAAUAAGCUUUGGGCUAAAGCUGAAUUAGCAGGCUUUACUUAUGAAGAACUUAACACAUUGAAGGAAGAGUUUCAACAUCAUCAAGAAAAAGUAGAUGAAUAUAUGAGCUUAUUAAAAGAUAUAGAAGCUGGAGAUUCUGAAGUACAUGAAAAUAGCUUAUUUGAAAAGCCAGACAGCUGGAAUGUCUUAGAAGAGGAAGAACAAUUAUCAAAUAAUAAUUUACCUGGAAAAAAGUUGGAUUACUUAGGAAAAGCCAAUUUGCUUAGAGAGAAACAUUUAGAGCUUAGAAAUGGUUAUGAUCGUUUGGAUAGAUUAACAGCUAAAGGGCCUAAUCAUAAGGAAUUUAUAGAACCAAAAGUACAAGGGCUUUGGAGAAUUGCAUUGGAAGCUAAAUUUCCACCUAAUGAACUUGCUUCUCUUAAGGAAGAACUUUUACACUAUGAAUCACGAUUACUCAAGUUAAGACAUCUUCAUACUGAAGCAGCUCUGGAAGCUGCACGCAAAGGAAAGUCUUAUGAUUUGGAUAAUUCUACUUCACAACAACAUAUAAAGAAACAUGCUAGAACAGUUCAAAAGCUUCAUAUGGACCUUGAGGCAAAAAUUAUGCAAAAACAUACUGAGUUAUAAUGUUUAUAAGAUUUUUUAAUAAUUUCUGCAAUAUUUGCUUUUAAUAAUUGUUUGAACAAAUAUCAAUAAAUCUAUGGCAGGUAUAUAAAUAUCCAAUUAAUAGAAAUACAUAAUAUAUUGUAAAAUUUUAACUUUUAAUUUAGAUGUAUUGUUUGUAUAUUCUUAUAUAUAUUGCAAAUAGCAAUUUUUUAAAAAUAAAUAUGUAUUUUGUUAUAUAGUUA